GGAGAUUUCUUCUUGCGCCCCCGCAGCUUUGGGCAAUUCUUGGGUGCCGGUAAGCCCUAACCCAAUCUCUUAUCUCUGAUUCUGAUAUGUGCACACAAAUGUAGUUCAACAAUCCUCCCUGUAAUCUGGUGUGUAUUUCAUCCUAGGGCUUCCAUGGAACCCAAGGUUUUGUCAUUUCCCCCAAAAAUCACGCCAUCUUUCGGCGCUUUCCCUGUGUUCCUAUCAUAUAAAUCCUCACUAUUCCAAAAACCCAAACCCCAAUUCGCUUGUUCCCAGCUCUCAGUUAGUGGACACCACUUGGAGAAGACUUGUUUUCUUGGCAAAAGUUUGGAUUUUGGUGUAAAGAUUGAAUCUUUGGGGAAUUUGAGGAAAACCCGUUUGCCCGUUUCUCCGAUCAGUGCUACUGUGAAAAGGAGGAAAGAGAUGCCAUUUGACAAUGUGAUUCAGAGGGAUAAGAAGCUCAAGCUUGUUUUGACCAUCAGGAAGCUUCUGAUGAGCCAGCCCGAUAAAAUCAUGUCGCUUCGUCAAUUAGGAAGGUUCAGAAGAGCACUGGGUAUCCAGAAAAAGAGAAGACUCAUUGUUCUGCUGAAAAACUUUCCUGCUGUUUUUAAGAUAGUAGAAGAAGGUGCUUAUUCUCUGAAAUUUACUUUGACUCCGGAGGCCGAGAGACUCUACUUGGAGGAAUUGCAGGCUAAGAAUGAGAUGGAGGGUUUGUUGGUUAUCAAGCUGAGGAAGCUGCUAAUGAUGUCUCUCGACAAGCGGAUUCUCUUGGAGAAGAUUGCACAUUUGAGGACUGAUUUGGGGCUUCCUUUAGAAUUCCGCGACACCAUUUGCCUUAGAUACCCGCAGUAUUUCAGGGUGCUCGCAACCGAGCGGGGCCCGGCUUUGGAGCUGACUCAUUGGGACCCACAACUCGCUGUCUCCGUGGCUGAGCGCGACGAGGAAGAGAACAAGAAACGCGAACGGGAAGAGAGAGAUUUGAUCAUCGAUAGAGAACCGAGGUUCAACAGGGUGAAGCUACCAAAGGGUCUUAACCUCUCAAAGAGUGAGAUGAAAAGAAUGUGUCAGUUCAGAGACAUGCCUUACAUCUCUCCCUACUCUGACUUCUCCAUGUUAAGGCGCGGCUCCCGUGAGAAAGAGAAACACGCCUGCGGCGUCGUGCACGAGAUCUUGAGCCUCACGGUGGAGAAGAGAACUCUUGUUGACCACCUGACACAUUUCAGAGACGAGUUUAGAUUCUCUCAGCAGCUGAGAGGGAUGUUGAUAAGACACCCCAAUAUGUUCUAUGUCUCCUUGAAAGGCUCUAGGGACUCCGUUUUCCUCCGUGAAGCUUAUCACAAAUCUGAACUGAUAGAGAAAGACAGGUUAUUGCUCAUCAAGGAGAAGAUGCGUUCUCUUGUAUCUGUUGAACGGCGUACAUGGAAAAACAUUAAAACUUCUGAUACAGAUUACAGUAAUAAACUAGGAGGAGAGGAGAAGCCCGGCAUUGAUAAACUAAUUAGAGAUGAUGGGUUUGAUGAAGAGGAUGAAGAUGGAGAUUUUGAAGAUGAGUGGAGCGAUGGUGGGGACGAUGAUUUACCACCCGACUUCAACGAUGAUGAUGAUGAUGAAUCUAUGAAUGUGGGAAAUGUGAAACCAAGAAGAAAGUUUGAUGACCCAAAGGAGAAGGACGAGGGGGUCCUAAUACCCGUUUUCCCAGAUGGUCGCCCGAGAGAACGUUGGUGAAAACAUGUGGGAAACUUGGUAUCUUUUUCUUCCCACUCCAGCAUGGGAAAGAGACAGAAUUACUGCUUGGAGACCUUUGGGAGAUGGUAAGAAAACUAUAUUGUUCUCUGGUAGUUAAGACAGUUGAGCUUUAUAUAGAGCUUUUUUGUCUUGACAUUGGGAACUGAAUUGCUGCUUUGGUUGCUGGGAGCUAUGGGAGGGCAGUUUGGAAACUAAGGAUUAACUAGGAUGACUCUUCUGAGCACCAAGAUUGGCAUUCCUUUUAAUUACUUGGUCUUUAUUUUUCCUUCAUUUGGGGUUCUGCUUUAGACAAUACAAAUAUCAGAUAGCAGUGGUUGCAGCUUUUAACAUUUUGUUUGGUUCAAGGAAUUGAUGGGAAUAUACAAGAAAAUGGGAGAAGAAAAUGCACUAAAAACAAAGAAAACGAUUUUUCCUUUCGUUUUCGUGAGGAAAAUGAGGAAAAAACUCAUCUUUUUUUUCUUUCUUUCGCAUCGAAUUCCAUGAAAUAAACACAGUGUAAGCCU